CAACAGUGUCUCGCGUCCACAGUUACCCAGCGACGGGUAGAGUUUUCUGCAGAACGCUGUAUCGGCACGGGAGAGCAAAGGUAAACACAGAUUAAUUCGUAAUGGAAACUCGGAUAGAUGUUUUGGCCAAGCCCAAAAAGAAUUUCCUGAAAUUCCCAGACAGGCAUUCUGUAUACUGGCUGGAUAACAUGCCUUCACAGAGGGCUGCAACUACCAGUGUAUUAACACCUAGACUGUCUGAAUUGAGCCAGUUCAAAGCGCUGAAUACGAAGUACAGCGAGGAUAGACGCUCUCCCAUAUGGACAGUGAGUGCAGCUGCUCUUAAAUCCACGGCUACCAAAAGACUGGAGGAGCUAGCCCAGCCCAAAGCACUUAGCCAGGAGUGGGAGCCACAGCGCUUCGUUUACUCAGUAGUGAGCGAGGCUGUGAAGAGUGCAGUCCCCAGCCCACGCAUUCUCCAGCUGGCCCGGCCCAAGAGGCGAUACCCCCCUGUGGCUCGUGAGUCUCUGAUCUGGAGUCCGGAGCAGGGAAUCAGCAUUGUCACUGAGGCAGCGUGCAGCGCCGUCGCCACUCCCCGGCUCCAGGACCUAGCAACGGCCAAACAAGUGCACGCCCUGUUCCUCCCGGAAAAGCCCACGGCAUGGCCGGUCCCUGAAAGCGCCAUGAAGGUCGUGGCUAGCGAUCGCGUCCACAUGCUGGCCAAACCCAAAGUACAGAAGGGAAUCUUCGAGGGUUACGACCCCUACCUAGUGACAGAGACCGCCAAGCAGGCCCAGGCGUCUCCGAGGGUCCUGGAGCUCUCCAUGCCACUCCCACGGAAAGUGCGGCACAAGAAGAUCUAGGAAAGCACCCAGGAAGAGGCAGAUUCAGUCGCUGGUUUUUACAAUAAAUUUCUGUGUAUGAAAUGCCAGGUGUUCAGGCUGUCUUACCUCAUGACUGCUACACAGUGCUUUAGUUCGGUUUCACAGGACCCCAGUUAGCACUAAUAUUGGACUACCUUGUGUUAUUUUAGGGGUCUGUGAAACCAAUCACUAAUGUUUAGGUAAAUUAGUCUGAUAUUAGUGCUAAUCAUGACUGUGUGAAACCAGCAGUUCAGCUUCAACUAACAUUAGAAUUGACUUAUUCUCUAAUAAAACAUCUCUGUUUUUCCAGCAGAAAUGUUUAGUAUGAAUGUUUGUUAAGCAAAGUGACAGCUCUGACAGUGUAAGCCUUUUCUCUGCUCUUUCAUAAUUUUGAUACUGUAAAAAAAAAAAAA